CAGAGUAAGCGCGCCCAUGUCAGCUGUGUGACACAGAGUCGCUAGUCGUCCGUCGUAGACGCGGAUUCGUGCAAAUGGCGUCACUGGCAGUAUGAGCGAGCGUAUGCCGUCUAAUAACGCGUACGGGCCUCGUCCGGGCGCGGCGCCGCGCGGCCCAGCCUGACGGCGAGCGUGAGUGCGACGAUAUUGGUCGAGAUCGAGGGAAAAUUAAUACAAAGAGAUCGUUAAAUUUCGUCGUCAAGUUGCAACAGUGUGUACGUAUCAACGACGAGUGGUGACACGCAGUGAAAAAGAGAGAGUGGCGCUGAAGAGGGAUGCAGGCCGAACUGGUGUACAGGAAGCCGUUAACAAUGAUGACCACAACGUCCAGCCAGAGUUUUCAUCGUCCUGGGACAGGGAGAAAAGAGAACAGCGGUAGAGACUCUCGCGAGACCAUACACUCUGGUCACUUUAUGGUCUCUGACUUCGAGGCAGAGGCCCAGGACGACGAAGAUGAACUUGCUGUGCCAGUGCCUGACGAGGAAGCUGCCAGGAUCGCGAUUAUCGCUUCCACAGGAUUUUUACAAGAGAAAUUUCCCAGUAGCUCUUCGAACGACAAAACUUCUCAGCAACUCAGCAUUGAAACGUCCUUGAACAAGUUGUUCCAGUGCAUGUCGCUCGCAUACAGACAGAAAUUGACAUCGCCCAAGUGGAAUCGGUUCAAAGGGAUCAGGCUGAGAUGGAAGGACAAGAUUAGACUGAACAACGUGAUAUGGAGGUGCUGGCACAUGCAAUUUAUAUUGAAGCAGAACACGCUGGUGUGCCAGUUCGCGUCUCCGUUGGAUGUUGAUACUCAUAAUAAACCCGAGGCGGUAGUCUUAGAGGGCAAAUACUGGAAGCGAAAACUUGCUGCGGUUACUGCGGAGUACAAGAAAUGGCGUAUGUUCUACCGGAACAAAAUCCUUGGCUGGACGAACAAGGAUGGCACCGAGAUGAAAAUGGCGGUAUCGUUUCAGAUGGAAUCGAUGGACGUGUUAGAUUGGGGCAAUGGAUUGGGGAUCUCGGGCAACUAUGGAACAGGUACAGGCAGCACACACGGUGGGACCAGUGGGACUCCAGGAGGAGAGAGUAUGAUGGUUGAUGAAGAUUACAUGGAGCUCAUGACUGAUACGUUAUUUUCGACAAUCAGUUCAAAUCAACCGAUAUACUUUCCCGAUCCGAGAGAAAUUGCGCGUGGAGCUAGUCUGGCGGAUUUUAUACAACCCAGCUUGGGACCGCUCCAGCCAAAUUUAGAUGAUUUUAUGGACACUCUUGAACCGUUGCAAGAGUUUUUAAAUUCAAAGUUGCCCCCUGUCCCGGAAGAGGACGACAUGUUUCGAAAUAGUACCUUGAACACGAACUAUCCUGAUCUCGACUUAAUGACGCCUAUGAAUCAGAUAAACGAGCUGAGCCAAGAAUCAGCAGCAAAGAACGAGCAAGCUUCACAGCAGCCAGCGUUAGCACAGAACGAACAAGGAGGUACUAUACAGAAUCUGCAAUACACCGCUAAAAUAUAUACUCAACCUCAGCCAGAGCCAACGAAUGCGUUCAGGAAUAAUAUAACUCUGAGUGAGAAUUAUAGUACCAUACAACAAAGUUAUGAACCCGCUGCAACCAGUCAACCUGUCAGGGAAAAAAGUCGACCGAGUAGAGUUUCUUCGAGGAAUAGUCGAGUGAUCCAGCAACCUCAGCAACAACGGACAUCAACGUAUCAACGAACAGCGCAACAACAAAAUUCAGCGUACCAACAACAACAAGCUUCGCAGCAACAACCUUACGCCAUGGAGAUCCAAUCCGUUCAACUAACACCGGUUCAAAAUCAAGUGCAGAUGCCAGCGUUGAACGACCAGUCUGCUCAUGCUAAUCAAAUCCCGCCUAUCGCUGCUCAUGUUCAAAAUCUGGUAACGGUGCAGCAAUCUUUUGGACAAACGAAUUCUACAGUGUCGACGCAACACAGGAGCAUCAGGCCUCUACCACCGGUCGCACCGAUCUCAUCAAAACCGUACAAAGUCGUUCAACCGCAACAGUGUUACAAGUUUCCCACACUUCCGCAGAACUUUAAUGCGCAGCAAUGCAAAUUCAACACCAAUAAUUUCAAGACACACCCACCACAACAAGUCGUAUCGGUUUCCGCGGAGCAACCGUCGCAAUCACCGAUACUGUUACAGUGCAGACCCUCCGGUUUGGAUCUCACCACGCCGACCGUACAACCUACGAAAUUGUUACCGCAACCUGCCGCGUCCAAUUCGGAGAAAGAGGAAGUUUUUGCCGUACCCAAGUAUCAGAUGAAAGCAAGGAAUAGGUCUCGAAGUAGUUCGUCCUUAACCGCAUCAAGAAUCCAUCCGCCACCAUUAGUAUCAGCGGCGAGCGAUCCCGCUCUAAAUCUAAAUAACAAUGUUUUGCUCGCACAGUUACUCACGAAUAACACAUCUGGUGUACACACAAUGAAUAUGACGGCUGAUAAUGUAAUGCCGACAGUGACCCAAACAACUACUACUAUGAAACACAUCUUACCUAUGUUUCCACCUUCAGCUUCGCCUACGCAGGUAACAACCACUCACCAUAUUACCACGCCGGUCACUGUCCAAACCAUGCAAACAUCUACGAUGCAAGUGCAACCGCAGCAACAGGCAAUGCAACAGACUACUUGCAGCCAACAAAUGCUAUUAAAUACAAACACCCAAGCGCAUCAGUCACAAAAUAGUCCCGGGUCACCAAAGGAUAGUUCUAACGCGCACAGUCCUCAAGGGUUAAACCUCAGUCCUUUGCACAGUCCGAUGAGUAUAGGAAGCCCAUUGUCACCGAGUAGAGGUUACAUAAAAGGUGAAUCAGAACGGGGACAAUACAAAGAACAAAGACGAGUCGGGCACAUUCAUGCGGAACAAAAACGUAGAUAUAAUAUUAAAAAUGGAUUUGACAUGCUGCACAGUUUGAUACCGCAGCUUAAUCAAAAUCCGAACACGAAGAUGAGCAAAGCCGCUAUGCUGCAAAAAGGAGCAGAUUAUAUCAGGCAGUUAAGGGCGGAGAGGAAUCAGUUGAAGGAGGAGAUGGAUACUUUAAGACAUCAAAUCGAGUGCCUUAAUACGUCUAUUAGUAAUUGCCAAUCCAUGCUUCCUGCAACGGGUGCUCCAAUUUCUAGACACAGAACUAGUAAGAUGAAGGAGAUGUUCGAUGAGUAUGUACGCACGCGUACACGGGAGAAUUGGAAAUUUUGGAUCUUCAGUGUAUUGCUUGAGCCUCUAAUGAUUUCUUUCAAUACCUCGGUAUCCACCGCGAGUAUUGAAGAUCUAUAUAGAAGUACAAUAUUGUGGGUCGAGCAACAUUGCUCACUCGUUGAUCUCAGACCAGCCGUUCUGAACUCCCUAAGAUAUCUGUGUACUGCCACUGAUAUUCUAUCAGAUCCUGGUCGCCUGCCCGAAGAAGCACUCGCAGCAGUUAAUCGCACGGAACGGCGACGAUCAACUCAGUGACCAAUUAUAAUAUGCGAAUAAGUCGCGAAACGUGAUUUGCUUAGACCUUCGAAAGAACGUGCGAAAGAAAAGCAGUUACCGUAGCAGUAAGCCAAUUUAGGAGAGAAACACGUGAAAAUUCUUAAAGACGAUUCUUUUUUACAGUAGUAGACCUUCAGAUUUCCUUUUGCAACGAUUGCGGUUGAGAAUGGAAAGAACUUAAAGUGCAAUUUUUCCCUAUCCUUCUAAAAAUUGUGACCAUAAAAUUUAAUAAUUAAUCGUUAAAAGAGUAUAUAAAGAUGUACAUGAAUUUACUCGCAAACAUUUAACAAAAUAUAUAUUAUGAUAUACAGACUGUUACAAAUUUGGAACACAUUGAGAUUUGAACAUCCUUUUUUUUUAUAGCGGCUAUCGCAAUUGUUCAUAUGUUCGCAUAAAAUAUUAUAAAAAAUGAGAAAGGACAUUCGUAUUUAUUAGGUAAUUAUAUUAUAUGCGUUACGUUUAUGUUCACUCAGCAUUAAGAAAAGAAUUAUAUAUAACUUUACAUUUUCAUAAAUUGCAAUAACAAAUUUUUGCGAUAAAUUCCUUUCUUUUUUCUUCUCGAUGCUUCAUUAAAUUCAUUGUAAUACUUGAUCAUACAUACAUAAAAAAAAAGGAAGGAAAAAUGUGUAGAGCAAACCAUUCCAUUAUAUUUUUACUAUGCUUGUUUUUAUCUAAAUACGUCGUUUAUGACAAUGAUAAAGAGAAGGAAAUCAUUAUCUUUGGAAAUUAUUCUCUUUCUUUUUAGAUAUCGUUUCUUACUAUUUUUAAGAUAAAUAUAUUCGUAAAAGUAUAUUGCGGACUUAAUUAUAUGUUACACAGUUGGUAUAUUUUUAUAAUAGUUGAAAUAUAAAUAACUUUCGUCAAAAAAUCAUUUACUUUUAGAAAGUCUUUUGUUAAGGUCGACGAAUAAUGAAUCAUUUAUAAUUAACGUCAAGUAAUUAAUUACAUUUUUUUAUGUUACUUGAAAAUAUGUACUUGAGUAUACCUAGAUGAAAUCGGUGCCAUGAAAUUAUAACAAGAGACUGGAGUAAGAAACAUACAUUGUUGAAAAUAUCUGAUUAACCUUUUAGCGUGAAAACUGCAGUUUAAAACUAAAUAUUUUCAAGUUCGAUCUUGUAUUCUAUGACGAAUAAUACAGCUAUUGAUACUUGCAUAGUAAUAACUUUGAAAGGAUAAAAAGUUUAUAUUGCAGAUAAUUAAACGCAUAUGAAGUAAAAAAAAUGGGUUGCUCACAAAUUACAAGUUUAUUAUAUACUAUUAAUGUUAUUAAAUAUGAAGUUUUUAAUACGAAAUUUCAUGUGAUAAUGUACAAAUCAUUUAUAAAAGAAUUCAACCAUUAGAGCUUAAGCUAUAAAAGACUUCUGCAUAUUGUAAUAUUGUUAGCUUUAAUAUCAAUUGUAUAUAGCAAAAUGUUGUAAGCGGUGAACAAUCUUUAAGAACUUCUAAAGUUGUUUCAACGAUUGUAAAAGUAUAAAUUUUACAUUUUGCAAAUGCCUGUUCAAUUAAUUUUUACAAUAUGCAGUUGUUUUUUAUUUAACUUUACAUUGUGUAUGUAUAAGUGAUAAAUAAUAUAAAGAAAUCAACAAAGGGGGAUGUUUUUUGUACAAUAUGUAUCAUAUAAUCUUAUAAAAAUCCAUGUAUUGUUAUUCUGAUAAUUACCUUAAAAGAAAUUAAAUUUUACUUUCUCUCUCUCCUAUGAGCUUAGCAUUAAAUAUUGUUAAUUUUUUA